CAGUCUCAGGCAGAGAAAACGCAAAGGAAAACUCCAAUUAGAGAGAUGAAGUCACAACAAUCGUCAGUUCGCCCACCGGGCCAACGCUCUAUUGCCUCAACCUUCCUUUUCCGCACUUCAAAUCGAGUCGGUGAUUUUAAGAAGAAUGUUGAAAUUAAAGCUCCCAAUCAAACGUGUUCUCGAGUUUCACUAUCUGAUUUUCUCAAUCAAAAGUUGCACAAAAGUUCAGUACUGCCCACAUCAGUUCAGGGGAAGCAGAGGCCAUUUGUGUCGCCACUAAGUCGUGAAGAAUUGAAAAGGUGUGCUGAAGGAGAAAGUGGCAGUAAGCAAAGAGGAGAUGCAAAUGUGAAUUGUUCUCUAGACGGUGUUUUUGAAAUGUUCAAGCAUGUUGAGAAAUUUAAAAAAGAUAACACAGAUUCUUGUGGUAAUAACGAGAUGGGAACUAUUGAAACAGAUGAACUACAACAAACAAGGAAAAGAAAAAAUCAGUCUGAAGGCCAUGAAGAUGAGCCAUCUGCAAGAAAGCGUUUGAUAAUUCUUGGAGAAGAUUCAAAGGCACCAUCAAGAGGAAAAAAGAAGAAAAUUUCUAGCAUGGACGAACUUAAACCUGUCUUCAAUUAUUGCCAUGAUGAUGAGCCAUCUGCAAGAAAACGAAUUGCAGUUCUUGGAGACGAUUCAAAGCCAUCACAAAGAGGAAAAAGGAAAACUUUUUCGAGGAAGGAAGAACAUAGACCUCUCUUCAAUCAUUAUGCAAAUGGUGGUGGUUGGUGGGACUCCAAUAUGGAAGGUGUUGACAACGAAGAAGUCGGGUGCAAUGAAGUGUGGGAAGGAAUGGGCUCCAUCACACUUGGGGGUCUUGAGUGGAACUAAUUACUUUGCCUUUUCCUCUGAAGUAUGCCAAAGUUGUUCUAGCUACAUUCUAUCAUUUAAUUUUCGAACAUGGUGUUUUGGCCAGCCUGUAAUUAAUGGAAAGAAAAUGACUGGUGUAAUACUGAAUAGGGUAUUUUCAUGGAUGACUAGAUUGAUCAGAAUAUAUAUUCUGAAGGAAUGGCUUUCAUGUCUGAUUAUUCAAGUUUUAUUUACAUGUAUCUAAUGCUUAAUUAUAAUGCGUCGUAUAGAAGGUAUAA